AUGGGAUCGGACGCGUGGGGCAAAGAGAUAACAGAGGCGCGGCUGGGCAGAGAGAAAAACCGCGGCGGCCGGCGCGAAAGCGCGCGGGCGGCGGCGGUCGGCACGGGAGGCGAGUGCCUCCUCCUCGGCCCCCAACUCUCUCUGUCUCUCCCUUCGUCGCAGCGCCUCCUCCCCAUUCCCCAUCUUCUCACACACAUCGCCGCCACCCACCACCACAUCGCCUCCUCCACUGCUCGUCGUCGGCCCUUUCCCUCCUCUCACCUUGCUGCUCCGGCAGCUGCUAGAUCCGCCACAACCCCCACCAAUCCAUCCCUCGCGCGACCCAUCUCUCUCUCCUGCGAAUCGUCGCGCCGCCACCAACAUCCGCCGAUUCCGGCGACGUCCGCCACCGUGCAGCACGCUCACGAGUUCAUCUCCAACCCCUCCGCCCUCCUGCCCGGCUGGAUCUGCCGCUCCCAGCCCCCUGAGCUCGCACUCAAACCCCAGCCCAUGUCUAGGGUUUCGGCUGCGGCGGCGCGUCCGUCGCUGGCGCGUCUCCAGCAGCACCACUCCGUCGUGCAUCGCGCCCCCUCGCGCCUCUCCGCCUCCACCAAGCUCAGUGCGUUCGACUGCGUUGGGCUGGACGGCGGCGACCCCGACGCCCUCUUCCGCGUCUCUGGCGCAGCGGUACCUACAGUUGCACAACAAGGUGGAGCUCCUCAGUGCUUUGGCAUGGGUUUACUUGGUGGUCGGAGCCACAAAGGAAGUUGGAGGUGUAGACGUGAACUUGAUGAUUAAGAGAGUCUGUACAAUCUUGUAUAUCUGUAGAUGUAAUCUGGUGUAAUUAUUAUUGAGGGCAUGUGAUCUGAUGUUGGAUGUAUUAUCUGGAUGUAUUAUUGGCCACCUUUUAGAAGGGCUUUACUCAGUGAAAUAUUGAAUGGAAAUUUGUCAAAUGCUUCAAAUUAUGGGCCUGUUCAA